UCCUCACUUUACUGGACUAUACUAUAGCAGUAAAUAUACGAAGUAACAGCCAAAUGAGCCAACCCGAUUCGCCCGCAUGCCGAGCAAAACAGUGCACUUAUACACGGGUUUUCCACGCUUUGUAUUAUUAUGCCGAGUCUUGUAACCAACUGUAAACAUAUAUAAAAGUGAUCCUAAUUUUCUAAAACAUUCAAAUUUUUGCCACAAUUAUUUGAGAGUAUACAAUGUCAGUUUUUCGAUUAUUUGCCUUCAACAACCUGACAAAUUGCCGCAAUGUAUUGUGCUCAAGAAAUGCCUUAAGCAGCUGUGAGGAACAGAAAGCAUUGAUAUCGAUCAAGGCUCUUGAGAAGUUAGGCAUUCCCAAGCCACCAAAAAGACCCAUGACUCCUUACAUCAAAUUUGGCCAGACUAUCAGGUCGAAGAUCUAUAGCGAAGAGCCAGGAAUUUCGGCAAAUGACACUAUGAAGAGGAUUGCAGAAAAGUGGCAAACAUUUGAUCCUGAAAGAAAAAAAAUGCUACAAAAGGAGUACCUUACUGAAAUGGAGUCUUAUUUGAUUGAACGUGAAAAAUACGAUCAAACCAUUACACCAGAGCAGAAAAGCCUCAUUGAAGAAACCAAACAGAAAGUAAAACGUUCAAAACAACUGUCUCAAUUAAACAAAAAAAAAGUCAGUUUGGGUAAACCAAAAAGACCAUCUUCAGCUUUUAUCAAGUAUAUGAUGGAACAAAAAGCCAAGAGGGAUCCAUCCAUGAAAUAUACUGAAUGGUUGAGUGAUGUGAGCAAAAAGUGGGAUCUUAUGCCAGAACAAGAUAAAAAAAAAUAUAAAGAAGAAUCGGAAUCAGAGUUACAACAAUAUCGUUCAGAAAUGCUAGCUUGGGAAGAGAAUAUGUUAAGACAGGGUCAUUUUGACGUCAUUAGAAAUAAAGAUUUGUUAGAAAAAUCUUUAAAAACGCCAAGUGUAAAUAAAAUACCAUAACUAAGCGUUAUUAAAAAUUUUUUA